UUCAAAACACCCUUCUCAAUGUCUUCAGUUGAAUCUCUUACCUGCAGCCUUCCUAAUAUUUGCUCUUCCAGAAGAAUUUUUGACGCGAAAUGUGAGGGAAAAGGAAGUGCUGCAGGAGGUAUUUUAUUAAAACACCGUAAUGAAGACAAACCUCUUGCACCAUCAUUGUUUAUCUAUAAAAUGUCUUUGUCUUCAGAAGAAUUAUAUCAUCAAUUAUUUUACAGUCAUAUUCCUGAGACACUGGCCCUGCAUGACAUGUCCUUGAUUAGCGAUCAAAAGACAACAUCGUUUCCUGUCACUCGUCCAUUGUUUCAACCAUUUCCUUCUGAGCUUGUGUUCCAGCGUUAUGAGCCCGGAAAGUCGUACGAAUUGCCACUAAUACUUCGUAAUUUGGAUAAGGUUUCAAGAACAGCUCAUUUGAUUCAAAAUGACACCCCAUACUUUAAGAUUAAGCGUAUAAAUAAUCAGGGGUCUAAAGUAGCAGCUGGAUUGUCACUUUCUUUUACAAUUGUCUUUACACCUGAUGCGAAUCAUGAUUAUCGACAUGAUCUUAUGUGCGUAACAGAUAGAGAACUGUUCUCUGUCCCUGUGUUUUGUAUCGGCCCAAGAGCCAUUCUUGAGUUGCCUGAUGAUAUUAGUUUCGGUGAGGUCCCAGUCAAAGUAACAAGUAGUAAGCCUUUCUUUGUUGAGCCUCUAUCUUUGAAUAUUCAGUCUGGUGCACUCAAAGAAAUAAAGGUUUCUUUUAUUCCUGAAAAUACAACGGAAGUUUCUCAGAAAAUGUUCGUUAUUUAUGAUACUGGAGAGAGACUUCAAAUUAACCUUCAUGGUCAAGGAAGAGAGUCUUUGGUUUAUUUAAAAAAUGAUAAAGUGACUGUGGAUGGAACUUUCAUUGGAAUGCAUUCACAAACUAAUCUUUCCAUAGUUAAUGAUUCAUCUGAUUUCGUCAGAUUUAAGUGGAGUCCUUUCGAAAAUAGCGAGGAAGAGUUAUUAAUAAAUGACCUACUAGUUGGAACUUUUAAUAACGUGCAGGAUUUUGAUUCUAAAUCGAAGAGAAAGUUAAUCACAUGGAUGAAGAAAUUUUCUGAUCAACCAAUACCAUAUCCAACAAAUAUUCAAACAAUUGACUAUUCACCAUUUAACAUUGAACCAAUUGAAGGUCGUAUUCCACCCUACACAACCCACCAAUUCAUUGUGCAUUUUAAUCCUGAAAAAGCUACAAUUUAUGAAGAUCUAUUUUAUUGUGAUGUUGAAGGUGUACAAAAACGUUUAAAUCUAACAAUUCAUGGUGAAGGUUUUGGACCAAAAAUUAAAUUUUCUUAUAAAUGUUUAAAUAUGGGCAAAAUUUUUAUUGGUUCAAAGCAUCGCUAUGAAUUAGUCAUAUCUAAUACUGGUUUAAUUGAAACAAUGUUUACAGUUCAUUGUAAAACAACUACUACUGCUAUUGAUCAUCAUGAUAUGGUGAGUGAAAAUGUUGGUCAGUUUGCAAAAUAUUUUCAUUUAUUACCAGAUGAAGGAUUAAUUUGUCCUGGUGGUUAUCAAGUAAUACAAAUUGAAUUUUAUUGUAAUGAAUUAUUGGGGCAAUUCAAUGAAAUAUUUCAAUUCGCCUUUGAUGAUGGUGCAUCAAAUUUUGAAGAGAUUACAUUUAGUGGUACUGUGGUUGGACCAACAUUUCAUUUUAAUGUUUCAUCAGUGGAAUUCGGUCAAGUUUCGUAUGGAUUUUCCAAAGAAAAAAUGAUCACACUGUAUAAUACUUCAUUUAUACCGAUGGAUUUUAUACUUCGCAUUGCCAACACCAAUAAUGACAAUGAUCAUGAUGAUAAGGACGUCAGUGAUCAAAUGGCAAUGAUCAAUGAUCAAACUGACAAUAAACAAAAUGAAUCAUUGAAUACUAUGUCAAAUUUAAACAAAUCAUUUCAACUGACCCCAAACUGUGGUAAUCUACUACCGAUGAGUUCAAUUAAUAUCUUGAUACAAUUUCGACCGAAAUAUUUAGGCAUUAAGCAAUAUAAACUACUUGUGGAUAUUGUAAAUGUCAGUAAACAAGCUCAUUGGUUACCAAUUUAUACUGAAGCCAUUCGUCCAGAUGUCAUUGUAACACCUGAGUUAAUAAAUUUAAAAAGAUGCUUUAUUAAUUAUCCCUACACCAUUGAAAUGACAUUGAUCAAUCAAUCAAUUGAACCAGCUAGUUAUCAAUUUAUUGAACAACUGUUAUCAACAAAACAAAAUGAAACAAAAUCUGUGACAAUUCAAUCUACAAGUAAUCAAGAAGGAAGCGCCAAUGACGAGUCCAAGUUACAAUAUUGGACAAAUAAUCCUGAGGGAUUUAUUAACGGUUCAAGUUCUGUCAAAAUUCCUGUGACAUUUAAAGCAAAAGCACUAGGACCGAUUACAAGUGAAUUAUGCUUCAAAAUUUGUGGUAUCAAUGAGAAUCCAUUGAAAAUACCCAUCAAAUGUAUGGGUGAAGGUCCAGUGUUACAUGUUGAUCAAACGAAAUUAGAAUGGGGCCUAAUACCUGUCCUACAACCGAUCAAUAAAACAUUAAGAAUUUCCAAUGAAUCAUGCAUUGAUGCCAAUUAUACUGCUAAGAUGUUACGAAAUGAUACUGUUUAUAAAGUUGAACCAUGCACAGGAUGUAUCACUGGUUAUAGUUAUGUAGAUUUGAAUAUAGCUGCAAAUUUAAAUGACAUUCUAUUAUUCAAAGAUCAAUUAAUCAUACAUGUGGAAAAUACUUUACAACCAUUGAAAAUUGAAUUAAAUGCAACUGGUCAAGGUGGCACAAUAGUAACACAACCAUCAAUGGGUUCCAUAUUGAAUUUAGGCAGUCAAUUUAGUGUGAAUCCAAUGCGGAAACAAUUUAAAGUUAUUAAUAAAGGGAGGAGAUCACAACAAAUCAUUUGGUCAAUAGAUGGACAAUCACCAAGGAAAUCAAUUCAAACGGAUGGUCAAUUAUCAAAUAAACCCGAAUCGAAAUGGUCAAUUACACCACAUCGAUUUGAUCUUAAUCCAGGAGCAUCUACAGAAAUUUGUUUAGAAGUGCAAUGUGAUAGUGCUAAAACAGUUCAAGAGAAAAUUUUAUGUCAUUCAAUAAUUGGACGAAGUGCCAAAUAUCUCAUUAAAACAAUUGAUGUCUCAAUUGAUUUUAUUAAACCAAUGAUUGAAUUGUCAACAAGUGAAUUAGUUUAUCGUAUAGAAAAGUUAUCAAAUAAAUCCGAAUCGAAAUGGUCAAUUACACCACAUCGGUUUGAUCUUAAUCCAGGAGCAUCUACAGAAAUUUGUUUAGAAGUUCAAUGUGAUUGUGCUAAAACAGUUCAAGAGAAAAUUUUAUGUCAUUCAAUAAUUGGACGUAGUGCUAAAUAUCUCAUUAAAACAAUUGAUGUCUCAAUUGAUUUUAUUAAACCAAUGAUUGAAUUAUCAACAAGUGAAUUAGUUUAUCGUAUAGAAAAGGGACCAUUUGAUGAACUAUCGACACAAUUCAAUCAUUUCACAAUGACAAAUAAAAUUGAUUUAGUAUUGACAUGUUUAUUGGAAGUUUGCAAUCCAUUCCAUUUAUGCAUUGAUCAAACGUACACUUCAAAAAUGACAUUUCAAAUAAAACCAUUUGAAUCCAAAGAGAUUACUGUUUCAUUUAAUCCAAAGUAUAAAGAUGAUUUGUUUAGUCGAAGAGCUGAUGAAUUAUUAUUUAUUAAAUAUGCUGAACAUCCACAAAUUGAUGCAGUACGUUUAAUUGGUGAAGUACAUUUUCCAAAUGUUCAAUUCAGCUCUAAACUAAUCGAUUUCGGUUGUAUAUUGAAUAAUACAGAAAUGACAGAACAUUUAACUAUGAAAAAUAUCAGUCCUUUACCAGUGAAAUUUCGUUGGAGUCUACUAAUUGGUGAUCGACCAAAUAUUAUAUUUAAACGUCAAGCUCGAUUAACAGAACAUCCUGUUAUUGUAAACGAUACCGAAUUAGAGCAUUAUGAUGCUAUUGACAAUAAAAAUGCAGAACAAAUUACAAUGCUUGAAAAUAAUUUACAAGAUACUUGUACAAAUGAUACUGACCAAAUAGAACAUGAAACCCAAAUCCAAACUGAACAACAAAAUGACUCAGAUCAAAAUCUACCAGUUACAGAGAUCAAUAAACCAACUGAUGAAAAUAUAUCAGCUGACGAGAACCCCAAUACUAAUUCAUCUUCUCCUGACAAUCGAAUAUUACGUAAUCUAAUCGAAGAGGAUGAAGAUAUUGUCCCGUUAGGUAUUGAAGAAUUAUUCGACCUAGUGCCACUUUACGGGGAAAUUAAUCCAAGUGAAACAAUUUCUCUAAGUUGUACAUUUUAUGGACAUUCAGAAAUUGAAGCAUCAGUAUUAGCUUUAUGUGAAAUCGAAGGUGGUCCUGAGUAUAAAAUUGAAUUAAAAGGUUCCGCAUCAGAAAUUGAUUUUCAACUAGAUCAAACUGAUCUGGAUGUUGGUUAUAUUCGAUUGGAUAAAUCAAUGAUUUGUGAAUUUAAUAUUUUAAAUACAGGAAAAGUUCAAUUUGACUUCACGAUUCAAUUAACAUCUAAAAGUACACAGUUUGGUCAAUUUAAAAUUGAACCAUUCUAUGGUCAAAUAAAUGGAAAUCAAUCACAACCAAUUCGAAUUACUUUUUUACCAUGUAGACCAGGUUAUUUUGAACAAGAAUUCACUGUUCAAAUAGCUUAUUUCUUACCGAAACUAAUUAAAAUACACGGAAUAAUUGACUUUGCUCAUUUGAAUUUGAAUUUACCGCGUGGCGGCAUGAUUUCGUCGGACGAUGUUCAACAAUCAUUGAACAAUGAUCAAUUGUCAAUAAUAGAUGAAGAAACCGCGCAUUUUCAUGAUCCUUCUGUUUUCUACCAGUUGACGAUGUCCAAAUUACUCAGUGAUUUACAUCAUGAAGUGAUCAAUUUGAUAGAUUUAUGGGAAAAACAACAAACUUUGCCAAUUGUCUGUUUAUGUCAAACAGUAUUUUCCGAUACCUCACAUACAUUAUUGAUUGAAUCUGUGAAAAAUAUCAAUUUAGAUCGAAUAUUUAUGCAUGAUGCCAAUUGUCCGAUUACUAAAGCUAUAAAACAAUAUCUGACAAGUCAUUAUUAUACUGGAAUAAACAAUUUUCCAGAAAAACUAUUCCAACUAAUUCCUGAUUUGAAUUUACAGUUGGAUGCAGAACGUUCAUAUAUUUGUAAUCUUUUAGAUACUAUUGAAUCCAAUGAAUUGAAUAUUAGAAGUAGUAUCAAUGAUGAGAACAAUGUUCAAUGUAAUAGCGAUAAUGAUUGUUUAAAAAUGAUUACAGAAAUUGAAGAACAAGUUAAACCUUGUUUUGUAAAAAAUUUAUACUUGCCAUCGUAUUUACUUGAUUUUGGCGUAGUUAUCCUUGGUACAAUUGUCAAACAAACUAUCACUGUGAUCAAUACAAAUUAUGAACCGAUUAGUUUUCGUUUUGAUACAACAUCUUUAUCAAAAGCGAAACAAUUCGGUUUUAAUAUGAAUAUAACGAAAAUUCAUCAUUUACCUGGUUCGCCGGAAUAUGAACCGUUAGAUAUUGAAAUUUCAUUGGAUACAAAACAAAUGAAUCAGUGCAUAACCAAUGAAAGUUUAAUUCAAACAGAAUUAUUGAUUAAAAUAAGAUUUACACCAAUUGAAGAGAAAAAAUAUGAAACCAAAAUUCAAUUGAACAUUGAAAAUAGUAGUGAUACAAUGUUGAAAAUCCAUUGUCAAGGUAAAGGUUUAGAGCCACAAUUAACAUUUGAUCGUGUUAUGUUACAAUUUACACCAAUUUUACCAUAUUCCAUCAAUGGAAGUGAAGAAUUGGUGACAAUAACCAAUCCAUGUGAUUAUCCGAUAGAAUUUUAUUCCGUUGAAUUGGAUAAACAAGCUGUUUUAGAAGAUGAAAUAUUAAGAUUCAUUGAUGGUUACGAUGAAUACGGCAGGUUAAUAUUGCCACCACGUAAACCAGGCGAUGGAUUACCUUCAGAGAUUCUGUCGUAUUAUGAAGAAUAUGCUAAUAAGAUUGUUAAUACUAAAUUCUCCGAUGAAUUGGAUGAAACUAUUCGUCAAGAAAAUAGUGAUGAAAAAAAUAUUAAAGAAUUAAAAUUCAUUGGAGUAUCUUCAUCAUCAUCAACAACAUCAACAACAUCAACAACAACGCUAACAACAGCAACAUCAUCAUCAUCACUGAAAGAGUUGAAAAAAUCCAGUACAAGCACAACGAAUACAACUACUACACCGACAAAUAAUACCAAUUCAACUACAACAACUACAAAUGAAUUAUUAGAACCUCCGCAUAAAUUCGAUAAACCAACCACCUUGUUGUCUGAAUUAUUUCUUCAUGAAAAUCUAUCAACGGAUUUAUCAAAUUUCAAUCAACGAAAACCAACAUUCGAUGUAACACCUGUCUCAUUAGCUUUAACACGUUAUUUAGGUGUGGAUUCAAUGCAAGAUCCUAGUAAAUGUGGGAAAUUUGGUAUAGUGAUUCUAGUCAAUGGUGCAUUGGAAUCCAUAAGACAUGAUACCGUCAACAAUUUAGCCAAUCAAUAUCAAGCCAUGAUAUUCAAUUUAAAUCAAAUUAUUAUUGAAGCUUUAUUGACUAGUACCACAGAGGCAGCUUAUCAAGCAAGACAACUAUGCUUGAAUGUCGGUUUGGAAUUGAUUCAAACAAAAUUACUUGAAAAGCAACAUCAGCAGCAACAGCAACAACAAGACCAUGAUCAGUUACAACAACAAUUACAAAUGAUGACCGAUUUAGAAAGUAAGUUGGAUUCACCAACAGAAUUAUUGGAUAAUGGGCCAAAAGAGGAAACUAUUCAGGAAGGUAAUCAUUCAUCUGUCACAUCUAUUGAUGGUGAACAAUCAAAGCUAAAAGCAGGUCACCAAGAAAGACAGCACAAAUUAUCAAUUAAUCGACAAGGUCAAGGUCCAUUUAAAAUUGCCGGACAACGUGAUCUAUUGAAUAUAACUAAGAAAUUGAAUGAUAUGAGCCUAAUUAGUCCUGAAUUGAAUUCAACAUUAAAACCUCGACGUAUUACAUAUUCUUCAAUGUUCAAUAAUAAUAAAAAUGAUUCUAUUAAAUCAUUCAUUGACAAAUCCCCACUGAAAUCAUUGAACAAUGAACAAUUGUAUACAACCAUUCUACCGGAUGAAAUAAUUUUACAAUUAAUACAAGAAUAUUUAAAUCAAUUACAUGGUUGUUCUCAUCAUCAUCAAUAUCAACAUCGUUAUACAACAACAACAACAACAACGCAUAAAGGUAUCAUUAUCAAUGGGCUGGAAUCAGAAUUCACUAAAAAUGCCACAUCUACCUUAGAAUUAUUAUUAAAAUGUUUUAAAAAUAAUUAUCAAUAUUUUUAUACGUUAAGUUUGAAAUCGAAUUAUGACCAAUAUAAACAAUGUAUUUAUGAACAACAAUUAGAUUUGAAUGAAGCGCAAAUUUUAUUAAAUCAACAAUAUUGUGAAAAAUUGGACAAUUUAACUGAUUAUGAAUAUGAAGAAUUAGUGGAAAGUGAACGUCACACAAUUGAUCAAUUACAAUUGAAAAUACGUCGUGAAAAACGUCAAAUUGAAUUAGAACAAAAACGUAUACAAGAAGAACAAUUACGUGAAGAACAAGAAGCAGAAGCGAAACGUUUAGAAAUGGAACGGUGA